UAGAAAAGAAAAUAUAGAAGAAACUCUCGAUUAUGGAGCCUAUAUCACACGUAGUUAAAAGUUCAUUGCCCAACUACCUGUCCAGUUUGCCAAUUCCCGAUAGCUUUGGGGGCUGGUUCAAGCUAUCUUUCAAGGAUUGGCUCGCCCUCAUUCCACCCACGGUUGUGGUGGCCGGCCUUGGAUACACCACUUAUCUUGCCUUCUGCCCGGCCGCGCGAUGCGCUGGCAAGGAUUCGGGACGCUGCAACAGCUCGAUUCGCAAAAAUGAAGCCAAAGUGGUUACCAUGGUUGAUGUGGAGGACAUUGCAGGCCAGGCCGCUUUCUGCCGGUGCUGGAAAACCAAGAACUGGCCCUACUGCGAUGGCAGCCAUGGCGAGCACAACAAGCAGACGGGCGACAACGUGGGACCGGUUGUGGUGAAGAAGAAGUAAUUCCAGCGGUGCAUCGAUACGUUACGUUACGUUCACGUUUAGCAUUUCCUUGUUGAAAUUUUCGCCCUUCAAGGGGGCGAGUCUUUUGCUUAAAAAUUUCAAGCCCCCUGUCGAGCCUUUUUUAAUCGUAAGCAAACCUUGGUAUUGGAUCAAAUCUAAUCAGAAGCCAAUAAAAGUUGCCUAAUCAGAUAUUAAAUGAAGUGUGAA